AUGGAAAUAACACACUCAUUAUCUAAUUCACCAUUUACACAAGAUAGCACAUUUGAAAUAUUUGAAAUUGGAGAUUUAGAAGAUGGAAACAAUGAUAUUGAUAAUGUUUUAGUGAAAAUACAAACUAAUCCAACUCAAAACAAUUUCUUAGUUCAACAAGAAAAUAAAUAUUGGAAAUUAAUUAAAAGAAUUUGUUUAUUUCAAGUAUUUGGAUAUAAAGGAACAUUAAUACAUGUUGUUGCAUUUUAUUUAUUUCUUCUUGGAAUAUUAUCUGCUAUUAUUGGAGUAUCAAUGGAUAUUACAGUAGAAAAAUUACAAGAUUUAAGAUUAUGGUUAUGUUCAUUAGUUAAAAAUUCAUUUUAUAAAGUUAUUAUUUGGAUUAUUUAUACAAUAAUUUUAGUUACAAUAGCAUUUCUUUGGACAAAAUUUAUUUCACCAACAGCUAAUGGAUCAGGUGUACCAGAAAUGAAAGUAACAUUAUUAGGAAAUCAUAUUCCAAAUCUUUUAACAUUUAAAACUUUAAUUAGUAAAGUAAUUGGAUUAGUUUUUGUUCUUGGAGGAGGUAUGUGGGCAGGAAAAGAAGGACCAUUUAUUCAUAUUUCAUCAUGUAUUGCUAGUCAAUUAACUCGUCUUCCAAUAUUUAAAUUUCUUAGAAAUUCAAAUGAAUUAUUUAUGCAAAUGCUUUCUACAGCAACAAGUUGUGGAGUUUCAUCUAACUUUGGAACUGCUAUUGGUGGUCUUUUAUUUUCAGUUGAAGUAACAGCAACAUAUUUUUCAGUAAGAAAUUAUUGGUUUGGAACAUUUAGUUCAGUAAUAGCUGCAUUUACAUUUAGAAGUAUUUUUAAUACAUAUUCAAAUUCACCUUCAUUAUAUAGUGGAUUAUUAUCAAUUAAUUAUUCUUUUCCUACACUUCAAAUAAAAGAUUCAUUAAUUUCAAUAUUACUUGGUGUUAUUUGUGGCUUAUUUGCUGUUCUUUUUGUAAUGUCAGUAUCAACAAUAUUUAAAACACGUCAAUAUUUAAGAAAAUAUAAAUUAGGAAGAAUUCCUUAUCUUUAUUUAUUUAUUGUUGCAUUAUUUACUAGUAUAGUUACUGCUCCUUGGUAUGGAGAAAUUAGUCCAUUUGGAUAUCCAACAUAUACAACAUUAUCACAAAUGUAUACUAAUGAUUCAAUUAAACCAUUAUUUGGAAAACAUUAUCUCUUUGCUUUAUUUUUAUUAUUUAUUGUUCGUUUUACAAUUACAGCAAUGUCUAUUUCUAUGCCAGUACCAGUUGGAUUAUUUUCUACUAAUAUAGUUGUAGGUUCAGUACUUGGUAGAUUUAUUGGAGAAUGUUUUUCAAUUUGGGGAAUAUCAAAUAAUUUAGGUCCAUCUGGAAUGGCUAUUAUUGGAGGAGCAUGUUUUGUUGGAUCAAUUACACAAACAUUUAGUUCAGCUGUGAUUAUGAUAGAAUUAAUAGAUGAUAUUAGUAUUUUAGUACCAAUGCUUAUUGCUACUGUUAUUACUAUUUGUUUUUCUAGGUUUUUUACAGUUUGUGUAUAUGAUAAAAUUGCAAUUGAUAAAAAAUUACCUUAUAUGCCUGAUAUUCAAUAUUCUUCAAAUCAAACAGCUGAGAUGGUUAUGGAUACUAAUUUAAUACCAAUUUCUGAAUAUACUAAUCUUAUUGAUUUAAAAGAGAUUGUUGAUCAAUUUCAAACUCUUUCUGAUAAAAUUCUUCCUGUUGUGAAUGAUCUUGAACAUAGUGUCCUUCUUGGUCAAGUUAAAUUGAGUGUAUUAAGAAAAUUACUUGAUGCUCAAAUCCCUGAACAUGUUGCCAAUAAAUUUUUGUUAGAUUAUAGUGAAUGUCCACUUCAUUUAUUAAGACAUACUCCUUUAAGUCAAAUUCACAUGUUGUUUAUUGCUGCAGAAAUUGAUUCUGCAUUUGUAACUAGUAAUGGUAGAUUAAUUGGUGAAAUCAAUAAGAAAUGUUUAACAGAAGCCAUUAACAAACAAAUGAAGAUUUUAUUCUAA